AGAUGCAAUACACUAGGCAUGGCCCCUGCUGGAACUUCCCGCUCUCUUUCUCCACAUGGCACCCUCAUUCUCUUUACCCAUCUUCUCUUCUUAUUGUCGUCCAACACCGCCGCACAAUCCAUCGGCAAUGGAUCCGAGAUCGACCGUCAUGCCCUCCUCUCUUUCAAGUCUGGCAUCUCCAGCGAUCCACGCCAAGUCUUGGCAUCAUGGAACACCACGACCCACUUCUGCAGAUGGCUAGGGGUCAUGUGCGGUAUGUCUCGCCCAUUUCGUGUGGUCUCCCUCGACUUGAGCUCUGCACAGCUAGGUGGUGAGUUAUCUCCUUGGAUAGCUAACCUUACAUCGCUAAGACAGUUAAACCUUUCAGAUAAUUACUUCGUUGGUGUCAUCCCCGAUGAGUUAGGCACCAGUAGAUCUCUUAGAUAUGUCAAUCUUGCACAUAACCGCCUUCUCGGCCUUAUCCCUGAUUUUGACAAGAUGACAGCCCUCCAAAUUCUUGACCUGUCAUCUAACAACCUUUCUGGAAGCAUACCUUCAUCACUGGGAAAUGUUUCUCUUUCCAGAAGUUUAGAACGUAUAAACCUUGGAAACAAUCAAAUCGUAGGCACUAUACCGGUUGAGAUUUUUAACCUUCGAAAUCUACAAUUGCUUGCUCUGGACCAAAACUUGCUUACAGGGGUUAUUCCUUCUGCAAUUGGCAACCUAGGACAGCUAUUUGUCCUAACCCUGGCAGGGAACAAAUUUUCUGGUCAGAUCCCACUUACAAUAGGCAAUCUUUCUCGGUUGAACAGGCUUCAUCUUGACAGAAAUACAUUAAGUGGAAACAUACCGACAACUUUAGGAUAUUGCAUUCAACUGGAUAUGCUAAACAUGUCUUUUAACAGCCUUCAAGGACCAAUACCAAAUGAAUUUAUCAAUCUCACUUCGCUCAUCGGUUUGGGUUUGUCAAACAACAACCUUACAGGAUCAAUACCCCCACAAAUUGGUGCAUUGCUUCAACUUCUCCUACUCGAUAUUUCCUUCAACAGUUUGUCUGGUCAAGUUCCACUUUCACUUGGCCGCUGUGUCCAACUAUCUUCUCUCAUACUGAGAAGUAAUAUGCUUAAUGGAAACAUACCUCUGUCUUUGAGUGAACUAAAGUCCAUCGAGCAGAUCGACCUUUCCAACAACUACCUUGUUGGAUCAAUUCCAGUGUCCUUUGUGAACAUGGUUUUUCUGCAGAAACUUGAUCUGUCUAUGAACUACUUACAAGGGGAGAUUCCAACUGGUGGCAUCUUCCAGAAUCGUAGUGCAGUAAUAUUGGAUGGCAACACAGAGUUGUGUGCAAGUGCAACCACCAAUUUGUUUCAGUUUCCAGUUUGCACCACAACUUCAUCUGUUCAGAGGAAGAAGAAUGCACUCUUAUUGGUAAAAGUAAUUCCUCCAAUUGCUAUUGCCUUGCUGUCCUUCAUAUUCUAUAUGGUCACUCUUCUGAAGCAAAGGCAACCAGAAGCAGGUCCAUGCUACACUGAGACAAUGAAAAAGGUUUCAUAUGGCGGCAUUGUUAAAGCUACCAAUUGGUUCUCUCCGGUCAACAAGAUCAGCUCGAGUCGAACCGGUUCGAUCUACAUUGGAAGGUUUGAGUUUGACACGGAUCUGGUCGCCAUCAAGUUAUUUCAUCUCGAGGAGAAUGGUGCACGAAGUAGCUUCCUUACUGAGUGUGAGGUGCUACGUAAUACACGCCAUCGCAAUCUUGUUAAAGCUGUCACGGUAUGCUCGACAGUAGACCUUGAGAACAAUGAAUUCAAGGCUAUAGUGUUUGAAUUCAUGGCCAAUGGAAGCUUGGACAUGUGGCUGCACCCGAAGCUGCACAAAAAUACCCCCAAAAGGGUACUGAGCUUCGGCCAGAGGUUAAGAAUAGCGAUGGAUGUGGCUUUGGCUUUGGAUUAUAUGCACAACCAGUUGACGCCUCCUCUAAUCCACUGCGAUUUGAAGCCCGGCAAUGUUCUUUUGGACUAUGAUAUGACUGCAAGAGUAGGUGAUUUUGGGUCAGCAAGGUUUCUCACUUCAACACCUGGUAAUUCAGAAGACUUGGUUGGCGUGGAAGGAACAAUUGGCUACGUCGCACCCGAGUACUGCAUGGGAUACAGAGUCUCGACAGGAUGCGAUGUCUACGGUUUUGGGGUCUUGGUUCUAGAAAUGCUCACUGGAAGGCGACCGACAGAUGCCAUCUUCAGCGAUGGAAUGAGCCUUCACAGGCUGGUGAACUCAGCAUUUCCAGAUAGACUUUGGGAGGUUUUGGAUCCCUAUAUUUCCCACGAGCAGCAGAAUGAGUGUGACAAAGUACUGAAGCAGAGAUGCAUUGUGCAUUUGGUUGAAGUUGGGCUCCUGUGUUCCAUGGAAUCGCCUAAGGAUCGACCAGGAAUGGCAGAAGUUUGUGCCAAAAUUCUCUCUCUCAAAGAGACUUUCUUUGAGUUCUGCUGAUUAACCUGCAGAUCUACACGUUCUUCAAUAAAAAUAUGCGGCGUGGAUAUCUUUGGUGUAACUCU